AUGUCUACUGGAUGCCUUAUUUUUCUAUGUACAUUGAGGGUAUGGUUCUACGUAAAAAAACAUAUUCUUAGCUAA